AUGGCAUCCCUCCCCGCCCCCGAAGCUUCCAAGCAGCUGCCCUCCCCGACAAAGUCCACACCUACCUUCUCCCCCGAUGAAGUAACUGUCCUCUUCGUCCUUGGCGGUCCCGGCGCCGGCAAGGGCACCCAAUGUGCCAGACUCGUCUCCGACUACGGCUUCACUCAUCUUUCUGCCGGCGACCUCCUCCGCGCCGAGCAAGACCGUCCCGGCUCGCAAUUUGGCCAGCUGAUCAAGGACUACAUCAAGGACGGUCUGAUCGUCCCGAUGGAGGUCACCGUGCAGCUGCUCGAGAACGCCAUGACGGAGACCAUCAAGACCACCGGCAACAAGCGAUUCCUCAUCGACGGCUUCCCGCGCAAGAUGGACCAGGCCGUCAAGUUCGAGGAGGCCGUGUGCCCCGCGAAGCUCGUUCUCUUCUACGAUUGCCCUGAGGAUGUCAUGGAGGGACGCUUGCUGGAGCGCGGCAAGACGAGUGGACGCGCCGACGACAACGCUGAGAGCAUCCGCAAGCGCUUCCGCACGUUUGUCGAGACGUCGAUGCCUGUCGUUGAUUACUUUGCCAAGGAGGGUCGCGUUGUGAAGCUCGAUGCGACGCCCCCGCCGGCGGAUGUCUACUCCAAGACUCGCUCAGAGCUGUCCAAGAGGCUUGGAAUUUAA